GACUUCUUUAGAACAAGGAGGGGCAUUAGCCAGGGGGGGCUCGAGUGUGCUUGGUGAGGAAGAGGUUCCUGCUCCAAACCGCCUGGUUCUCUAGAUUUCACAGAAAGCCCUGGGCAGAGACUGGGACCCGAGGUCAGAGAGGGGCGGGAAAGAGAUUCUCCAGGUUCUAAAGUGAAAACCAGCAAGAAGUCUGUGAGACAAGACCUGUGGGCCCUACUGGGCACCCUUUCCCCUCUGAGGAUGACCAGGGUGCUGCGCAUCACUGUGGCCUGCUGCCUCCUUGUCAUAAAUCAGGCCACUCGCAUGCAUCGCUGUGAGUUGGCCAGGGUGCUGUACAAGAAUGAAUUGGAUGGAUAUGAGGGUUACUCCUUGAAUGACUGGAUUUGCCUGGCUUUUGUGGAAAGCAAGUUCAACGUCUCAAAGAUAAAUGAAAAUGCAGAUGGCAGCACUGACUAUGGCAUCUUCCAGAUCAACAGCCACUACUGGUGCAACAAUUAUCAGAGUCACUCAGAAAACUAUUGCCACGUGGACUGUGAAGAUCUGCUGGAACCGGACCUUAUCUCGAGCAUCAACUGUGCAAAAAAGAUUAUAUCUGGACAAAGGGGGAUGAGGAACUGGUUAGAAUGGAGGUUGCACUGUGCAGGCCGGCCUCUCUCCCACUGGAUGACAGGAUGCCACCUGAGAUGAGACAGGGUGCAGGCACUCUGUGGAGUCAUUCCAAAAUUCCUGUCCUUAUUCUGGGAUUCCUUCACUUCUUCCUCUUUUCUCCACUUUAUUUUCUUCCCUUCCCACUCACAAAUAAAAUGAAGAAACCCAGGGAUAAA